GGAAAGCGAGGUCGGGUGGGAAUUGGUUCAUUCUACAAUUAUCCAACAUCCUCGGCCAAAUUCCAAGUCCCCAGUUUCUGUUUUUUUCAAAUGUGCCCAAGGCAGGAGAAGAAGCCAUCCACGGUCCCAUUAUCAAAUCGAGCGAGUUUAGCUGCAAAGCAGGCGAGAUGAUGUAACGCCUUUCUGAGCUAAUUGUGCGAGAGACCCAGAGAUGUUUCAAAUGCAAUAAAAAUUAUCUGAAAAGAUAACGGUUGCUUUAUUCUUUCGUGAGAAGAUCAGUCGCCAGUAGCUUUCUCCCCUUGAAACGAUUUAAGAUGCUAACCGCUCUAAUCUUGCUACUCGCGGCUUUGGAAACUGAGUGCAUUUCGAAUGACAACGACAUCGUUGUCAACAGCUACAGGCUUUGGAUGAAGCUAAAUGAUACGGAUUUCUCAUACAAAGGGACUGUCAGCGUAAAAUUCAAGACGAUGUUGGCUCCGAAGAAGCUGUACCUCAACGCGAUGGGCCUAAAGGUCCUGUCGUCCAACAUAACUGUGGACGGAUUGUUCGACUUUCCUCACAAACUAUCUUCAGAAAAUAACAAAUUUGUUGUGGUCGAAGGUUUGAGCCCUUUCUUCAAUCUUUACCAUUACACGCUUAGCCUAGAAUUCGAAGGCCAUGUUAGCGACGGACUGGACGGUUUUUACAAGGGGAAUUACGCCGAUCUUCAAGGGAAUUUAUGGGAAUACGCUCUCACCAAAUUCGAACCGGAUAAGGCAAGUUUUGUGUUCCCUUGCUUCGAUAUCCUCAAGCUAAGAGCACCGUUUCAACUGACGUUCACCGUCCCAGAAAAAUGGACCGUGAUAUCAAAUACACCAUCCAGCAAAGUCGAAUCAAACGAAGAAGGAUGGAAGACGAUAACGUUUUUGGAAACACCUACAAUGCCGAUUUAUACUUUCGCUUGGCUGGUCUUUGACAACAGGACUUUCACGGCGGUGAAGACUAAAUCAGUAGGCAACAUCACUUAUUCCGUUUACGCCCAGAACGAACUCGAGUCAGCGGCGGAAUUCGCCAUCUCAGUCAUCCCCGAGUUGGUGUCGAAAUUUGAAAGUUUCGUCGGGAUCCCGUACGCGCAGGGAAACUUGGUGAAAUUGGACUGCCUCGCCAUUCCGGACCUGUACUCCUACGGGAUGGAAUCCUGGGGCAUUGUUCAAUUCAGGGAUUACAAGCUUCUAUUCGACGAGGCAACAGACACCACGGAAGUAUUGCAGGACAACUUUCUACUAGCGGCGCACGAGAUUACCCACCAGUGGUUCGGCAACUUGGUGACCCCCUCGGAAUGGAACUUUAUCUGGUUGAGCGAAGGUUUUGCCAGGUAUUUGGAAUAUUUACUGGUUGACAUGAUUAAACCAGAAUGGAGGUUGCCCGAGCAGUUUGUCACCGACGUGCUUCAUGUCGCGAUGAACGACGACGCGCCAGACCGAGAAUGGCACCCUUUGGUACCACAGAGCGGUGGACCUUUUUUUGACCUUAUUACAUAUGGAAAAGGCGCUUCUAUUUUGCACAUGGUAUCCUCUUUUAUGGGAAGGGAGGCAUUUCAAAACGGAGUCAGGACAUUUCUCAACACAUGUGUGAAUCAGUCCGGACUUUCGAACCCUGAUGAGCUUUACUCAUCCCUGUCGAAGUAUUACGGGGCGGGGGGUUCUGCACCGCCUUUGGUCAAAGUCUUACACAAAUGGACAACGUCACCCGGGUUUCCGAUACUUAACGUCAGAAGGGUAGGAGAUAAUUUGGAAUUUUACCAGUCCAAGUCGGAUAAAACGAAAGAAGAAUUUGAAACGUGGUACAUUCCAAUACGAGUGAUUACGGAGCAGCCUAAAUCCAGCCCGAUGGAUCUGUUUUGGAUCGGGGGCGAGGCGGAUUUAACGUUCCCCGUCAAGAUUGAAGACAUGGGAAAAUGGUAUUUGGUAAAUCCAAACCAAACAGUUUAUUCCCAAGUGAAUUACGAUGAAAAUAACUGGAAGGCGAUUAAAGAAGACAUGCUAACGAAUCCUCAGCUCAACCCCUUGACAAGGUCUCAACUUGUACACGACGCAUUCUCCCUUCUUGAUUCUGAACAUUUACAAGAAGACGUCGCCUUCGAAUUCAUCGAUUAUCUGACAGAGGAGACGGAUUUCAUUCCCUGGAAAACUGCUUUGCGAAAAUUACAAGGGAUAAGUGUCGCCUUCUACAGUUCAAAAAAUAUCGAGACCUGGAAGUGGUAUGUCAGGUCGCUGAUCGACAACCUGGUAAGCUCGAUUGAUUUCACUAAUCUUAGCGACGACGAUCAUCCGACGAAACUUCACAAAACGAACGUCAUGAAACACGCCUGUCUCUACGAACACCCAAUCUGCAACGAGACCCUCCAAUACUACUACAAUAACGAUACUGCUCUUCAGGGAUCGCCCGAUAUGGCCGACGCCCUCAUGUGCACCAUGAUAAAAUACGGCGACACAGAAACAUGGGAAACGUUAUUUACAAAAUAUAAAGAAUCCAGGCUUCCAGGAGAAAAGCUAAUGAUUUUACUCAACCUCGCAUGCACCAGGAAUGAAUACAAUUUGAAGAGGUUAGUGAACGAAACCUUGGAACCCAGCGAAGUCAGAAAAGAGUUUCUAACUGAUAUGUUCAUAAAAGUUAGCAGUUUUCCCGGAGGCGCGGAGAUCGCUUUUAGAUUAUUGGUCGAAAGCAGGGAUGUCAUCUUAAAAAAGGCGAAGUUUGUAACAGUACCAAGUCUUUUCUACACUGUUUUGUACGGUGGCGUUGAUUCGUCACUUAUUCAAAAACUCGAGGAGUUUAACAAUGAAAACCACAUUGGAAUCAACAUAGAUGAUGCCAAAAAAAUCUUAAAGCAACGGCAAAUUGUCGAAGCACGGGUUUGUAAGUAUUUGAAAUGCCCCUACAAGGUGAGCAGUGGUGUAAGAUUGGAUCUUAACUUGUUCAUUUACCUUGUCGCAUUUUCCUUAUUACUCUUCUCCCUAAGAUGAAAACGAAGGGAAAUCUCAAGUCAUGACUUAUUUAUAAUAGCGUAAAUGUACAAAAUAUAGGAAUUUUAGUUUGACUUUUCUAUUAAUUUUCUAUAGAAGGCAAACUUUCUAAUAGACUUAUCAAAUAGGGCAGUCCCUGUGCAAUAAUAUUUCAUUUAUUAUCUGUAUGUAUUAUCGUUCUGUUUGUAUUAUAUGAAAUAAUGAAAUAUAAUUUUACAACAA